GGGGAAGUCCAGCCAAGCAGACCACCUGGGAAGGUGGGCACCGGGUCCCAGCACUGGCUUACUGGCCUGGCAGAGUUCCAGCCAAUGUCACCAGCACCGCUCUGUUAAGUGUGCUGGACAUUUUCCCUACUGUGGUAGCCCUGGCAGGAGCCAGCUUACCCCAAGGUCGACACUUUGAUGGACUGGAUGCCUCUGAGGUGCUCUUGGGCGGGUCACAGGUGGGGCACAGGGUGCUGUUCCACCCCAACAGUGGAGCAGCUGGGGAGUUCGGAGCCCUGCAAAGUGUCCGCCUGGAGUGUUACAAGGCCUUCUACGUCACAGGUGAGUGGGGGUUCUCAGCCCUGCCUCCCCAUGCACACCUGGGUGGGAGUUCUUGGCCUCUCAUUGAGGCCUCCAGGAGUGAGUGUGGCUGCCUUUCUUGGAGAAGCUCAAUUUACCCCAAACUCAAGCUGUCUGGAUCCAUCAAUUCAAAAACAAGGCCUUUCUCUGGCAACCUUGGAGCUCUAGGCAUUCCCAUUUAGCUUCUUUUGACAAGGAAAAUGUUCCUUGCUCCAUUUUUAGGCUUUAAAUGCCAGGCUGGCAAGCCUAGAGAUGAAACCAGUGUUUUAGGCCCUAGGCCCAAACUCCGGAGGUUCCACAUGAACUUUUGAUUUAAAUAGACACUGAAUUGAGGGCAGGGA